UCAAUGUACAGAUAUCGUCACAGGAGGAUUUCAUCAAGAAUAUUUUCUUAUUGGUGUCGAUACUAAUGGUACUUUUGCUUAUGGUUUUACGGAUUCAUUUGUAUUCAAAUUAGAUAUUUAUGCUAAUAAUAUUACAAUAAAUGUUACGACAAGCUCUGUUUGGCCAUCUUCAGGUUUUAUUCCACAUGCUAUCGAUGUAGCUAGUACAUGGGCAGUAGUUGCUGGUUAUGGAUAUGCAGAUGAAGUGAAAAAAAAUUAUGCAGCACUUGGAUGUUUGAUUAAUCUUUCUAUGAUAACAAAUGCAUCUUGUACACCUUUGACUUCUGAAACAACAUACCUGGUACCAGCAAAUGUUAUCUCAUACAAUGAACUUUAUGAAUUAUCAGUUGCUAUUCGUGGUGAAAGAAUUCUUGCUGGAGUGCCUCGUCUUUCAACAUUUGUCAUUAUUAAAAACCUUGGAUCAUCAUUAAAUGUUACUGAUAUACAUACAUUAUCUUAUCUUGAUGCUUCUUCAUUUGGUCGUGUCGUAGACUGGGCGGAUGAUACAACAAUUGCUGUGUUAGUUCAAGAUUCAGAAACAACACCUUGGUCGAAAUCACAAGUAUUCUUUUAUGGUGAACGUUCGGUUAACUUAACUUCGCCGAUCUUUACUUUUCCUAAUAAUCAACAAAUAUUGGGUAGUCGUUUGUCACGUCCUUCUUUUGCUCGAUUUGGUAUUACAAGUGGAGGUAAUAUGGCCAUACUUACAGACAAUGCUGAUAUUUUAAUUAUUCCUGUUGCUUCUGCUGGUUAUACAUCGACAUGGAUUGAUACUACAGCUCGUACAUAUUUUUUCGUAUUGCAACCAAAUCUCUGUAUUGGUGGUACAUAUAAAAAUCGUUCAAGUUUAGGUCCAUGUCAAAUUUGUCCUCCACAUACUCGAAAUUCUGGCACAUUUGUUGAUGGAGUUCUUCAAUGUAUACCAUGUUCAAAUGAUUCAUCAACUUCAUUUUGUCCACUAGCAUCAUUAGUUGAUGUUGACUUGAGUACAGUACCUUCUUAUAGUCAAGCAGUUGCCUAUCCUGAAACAGGUGGUACAACAGAUAUGGAAGAUCUUCUAUUAAAAAAUAUGUUCCAACUUAAUUCUAAUUCACGCUGUUUACUUAUUUCUCCUAUUCUUUGGACUAUAGUUGUCAUGGGUUUAUGCAUUUUCAUUUUUCUAUUUAUGAUUACCAUUAAGUUAUGUGAAUGCCAACAAUGUGCACAAUGUCGAAGAAAAGCAAAGAAAAUUUUUACACAUACAGAUAUCAUUGGUGAAGGUGACAAGUGGGUUGGUGGAUUGGCAACAUUGGCUAUGCUUGUUCUUGUUUCAUUUUCAUAUUGGUUUUCCACAUCAUUUAUAAGACGUUAUCCAAUCGAAGAAGUUUUUGACCCAGCUACAUUUGCUUGUGAUCA